CAGCCACUCAUUAUUCACAGUAACGCGUAUUUCAGUCCUCUCUCUCUCUCUCUCUCUCUCUCUCUCUCUCUCUCUCUCUCUAUUUAUUUAUUCAAUUCCCCACUGACACUACCACCAUUUUCACCCAGCACUUCCUCUCAGUGGGGAAACUCUCAGGCCUGAAUUUCUUAAUAACCCUUUUCUGGGUUCUUCUUCAUUUCACUUCUAAUUACAAUUUUGAAGUUGUUCAGCUCUCUUUGAAGUUCUUCUACAUGCAAUGGCUCUUUGUACAUUCUCAUUUCCUGCACAUAUCAACCGGCCAACGGCACAUUCAGAUGCUCAGAAAUCCACCUCUUUGUUGUAUUCCCAUUUCUCUUGGGGAACAGUUCUGCCAUGCCAAUCUCAGCACAAGCUCAAUCAGGUCAUGAGGAAAAGGCCAGCUGGGAUUUGUGCGUCACUGUCAGAGAGUGGGGAGUAUCACUCACAGAGACCACCCACUCCUCUCUUGGACACCAUAAACUAUCCAAUUCACAUGAAAAAUCUUUCUGUCAAGGAGCUUAAACAACUAGCAGAUGAGCUGAGGUCUGAUGUCAUCUUCAAUGUUUCUAAAACUGGAGGUCACCUGGGCUCAAGCCUUGGUGUUGUGGAGCUCACUGUGGCUCUCCAUUAUGUCUUCAAUACUCCUCAAGAUAGGAUCUUAUGGGAUGUUGGUCAUCAGUCGUACCCACACAAAAUCUUGACUGGGAGGAGAGAUAAGAUGCACACUAUGAGGCAGACAAAUGGGUUAGCUGGCUUCACUAAGCGCUCUGAGAGUGAAUAUGAUUGCUUUGGCACUGGUCACAGUUCUACCACUAUCUCAGCAGGCUUGGGGAUGGCGGUGGGAAGGGAUCUAAAGGGUGGAAAUAAUCAUGUGGUUGCUGUAAUAGGUGAUGGUGCUAUGACAGCGGGACAAGCUUACGAAGCCAUGAACAACGCUGGGUACCUCGAUUCUGACAUGAUUAUAAUUCUGAAUGACAAUAAACAGGUUUCGUUACCUACUGCCAGUCUUGAUGGACCCAUACCUCCAGUAGGAGCAUUGAGUAGUGCUCUCAGUAGGUUGCAAUCAAACAGGCCACUCAGAGAAUUAAGAGAGGUUGCCAAAGGAGUUACCAAACAAAUUGGUGGUCCGGUGCAUAAUCUGGCAGCAAAAGUUGAUGAGUAUGCUCGUGGAAUGAUCAGUGGUACUGGUUCAUCACUAUUUGAAGAGCUUGGACUAUAUUAUAUUGGUCCAGUCGAUGGUCACAACAUAGAUGAUCUUAUUGCCAUUCUCAAAGAGGUUAAAAGUACCAAAACAACAGGUCCUGUCCUGAUCCACCUUAUCACUGAGAAAGGCCGGGGAUAUCCAUAUGCAGAGAAAGCUGCAGACAAGUACCAUGGAGUGGCCAAGUUUGAUCCUGCAACCGGAAAGCAAUUCAAAGCCAGUGUUAGUACACAGUCUUACACAACAUACUUUGCAGAGGCUUUGAUUGCAGAAGCUGAAGUGGACAAAGAUAUUGUAGCAAUCCAUGCUGCAAUGGGAGGUGGAACAGGCUUGAAUCUCUUCCUCCGCCGUUUUCCAACAAGAUGCUUUGAUGUUGGAAUAGCAGAGCAGCAUGCGGUUACUUUUGCUGCAGGCCUGGCCUGUGAAGGCCUAAAACCUUUCUGUGCAAUUUACUCGUCUUUUUUGCAGAGGGCUUAUGACCAGGUGGUACAUGAUGUAGAUUUGCAGAAGCUGCCUGUGAGAUUUGCCAUGGACCGAGCUGGACUGGUUGGAGCUGAUGGUCCCACGCAUUGUGGGUCUUUUGAUGUCACUUUUAUGGCAUGCCUGCCUAACAUGGUGGUGAUGGCUCCUUGUGAUGAGGCAGAGCUUUUCCAUAUGGUAGCCACGGCUGCGGCCAUAGAUGACCGACCAAGUUGUUUCCGAUACCCAAGAGGAAAUGGGGUUGGUGUUCAACUGCCGACAGGGAAUAAAGGCACUCCUCUUGAGGUGACUUUCAACAGUCUCUACUUCUAUAUAUCUCGAGUGGCACUUUUGGGAUAUGGAGCAGCAGUUCAGAGCUGUUUGGCUGCAUCCUCUUUGGUUGAAUCCCAUGGCUUGCGCCUAACAGUUGCUGAUGCUCGGUUUUGCAAACCACUGGAUCGUGCUCUUAUUCGCAGCCUUGCAAAAUCACAUGAGUUUUUGAUUACAGUGGAAGAGGGAUCCAUUGGAGGGUUCGGAUCUCACGUUGCUCAGUUCCUGGCCCUUGAUGGCCUUCUUGACGGCAAACUUAAGUGGAGACCGCUGGUUCUUCCUGACCGGUACAUUGACCAUGGUUCCCCUGCUGAUCAAUUGGUCGAAGCCGGGCUCACCCCUUCUCAUAUUGCAGCAACAGUAUUCAACGUACUUGGACAAACAAGAGAGGCAUUGAAGAUAAUGUCAUGAAGGGAAACUAAAGAAUUCCCUUUUUUUCACUGUAUACAAAACCAAAACUGUAAUGAUUUAUAUUUAGUUUCCCCAUCUGUAUAAAGUAGCAUAUUUGAGCAAAAGAGUGGCAUUAGCUGAAGGCAACCUAACCAAUCCAGUACAUCAAUUACCAGCUCAAACUAGUUGAGUUCCCAGAUAUUUUAGCAUGUCCUAUAAAUGCAAGAAUUGAUUUGUAGACUAGAACAAA